UCAUUCAUAUAUAUAUAUAGGCCCUAUCUAUCAUCAUAUUAUUAUUAUUCCACUAUAGCUAAAAAUUCUAUAUCAUCAAUAUGAGUAGUCAACCAUAUUCAUCAAGAAAGGUAUUAUUCUCAUGGGAAAAGAAGCCUAGUAUCUCCAAGGUAACUACUACUACUACUCUUAAAAAUCAUGGUGAUGAAAUUCCCAUUAAGGAGAAUGAAAUUUUGACUAAGUUAUUAUUACCACCCCCUCCAUCAUGCACACAACAAUUAGAGAAAGAAGAUACUAAUAUUAUUCCUAGUAAUAAUAAUCAUCAUGAUUUUCAAGAUAUUCCACUUCCCCCAUGUGCUUUUCAACCUCCAUAUUAUAGAACAUCUUCAAAGAAAGGACUUUGGGUUGGUCAAGAUCAUCAAGAUGAUCCCUUUCUAGCAGCUUACAAAGAGUGCACAAAGAAUGAUAAUAAUCAUCAUCAAAGAAGUGGUGAUGGUGGUGAUGAGAGGAAGAAGAAGAAGAACAAGAAAUUGGUCAACAAAGGUAGUGGAUUGAUGAUUGAAUCAAGGUUGAGGAAGGGCUUGUCUUUUUUCUCUUGUAAGAAGUUUUCAAGUGUUCAUGACAAUAAUAACUUGGUUACAAUCUCUAGCUUCCCAAACAACAACAACAACAACAACAACAUCAUAGAUAGAGAUUGAUAUCAUAAUUAUGUAUAUGUUUUUAUUUAUAGGUAAUUAACAUUCUCUUAGUUAUGUUUUACUAUUGGGAAAGUUUCUAUCUACAAUUCAAAUUGUCUUGUGUUUGUGAAAUUAUGUAAGAGUAUAGAAAGUUUGAUGAGCAA